AUGAAAAAUAAUGAUUAAGUCCUUAAAUAAGUAUAUGAAAGUAUUAUAUCAUCAUAUCAAGAUGAUAAUAAAAUUUUUUUUUAAAAAUAAACCAAGAAAUGACGAACCAAUAUGUUUGAUAUAAUUAAAUGGCCAUUAUAAUAAGAUGAACCUUGGGAUUUUAAAAAGAAAAGUUAAAUAGAAAAUGAACCAGAAACUAAAAAAGGUGACUGCAAGAAUAAAUCAUAAAAAUUAACAUUGGCAAACUGAAAAUAUAGAUAAUUUUAGAAAAAUUGAAAAAUUAAAGAUUGAUGAUUCAUAAAUUUAUGUUUAAAGUAAAUAUAAUUCAAAUUUUAUUUAUAGAAUUAAGAAUAUUGCUAAAUCCUGUGAAUGUUAAAAUAACAAGCUAUAGUGUAAUAAUUAAUACAAAUUACCAUUAUAAUGGAAUCCCAAAUAAUAAUCUGCAUAUAGAGAUAACUAUUAAGUAAAGGGAAUAAAAGAUUAAAAUCAAUUAAUAUAUUAAUUGGAAUAAAAUAAUUAAAACUUUAAAGGAAAAUACAAAGUACAACAUCCGUUAAGUGGAUUUUAUUAUGGAGAAUCUAAAAAGUAUGAGGAUGUUGCAAGUUCAGAAGAAGAAGAAGAGGAAUUAAAUGAUUAAGAGAAUGAUGGUGAAGUUUAAAAGAUGACAAAAAAGUUUAUAAAUAAAGCAAAGAGUUUAGAUCCAAAUAAUCUGAAAGAUUCAGAAAAAUUGAAAAGAAGAAAGGAAAGAAUAAAGAAUUUUAAGGAGAGACCUCAGCUUUUACUACAUAUUUUGGUAAACCAGCAUGACCAUGAGGUACAUAUGGAUAUAAUAAUAUAAAACCAAUAGUAGGAGGAAUAAGAUAUGAAUAACAUUUAUUAUCACAUAAUGUUUAACCACAUAGAAAUAAAAAUGAUCCAUAUUAUAUAUAAACAUAUUAGAAUGCAUUAAGAAAAGGAGCAACAGCAGCAAAUGUAGAACCAGAACCACCUAGAAAUUGUAGAGAAGAAAGAUAGAUUAAAUCCAGAAUAAGUUUAAUUAUUACAUUCUAAUGGUAAAUAAGUUAUACCAGAUUUCAAUAUAAAGAAGCCUGAUCUUUGCUUCAGAAGCAGGUAGUGUAAUAGAUGA